AGUUCUGCUGGGACACCCCCCUCUCUCCAGAGCCUGCAGAUGGCAUCCUAGGAAAAAUGGCAGAGGCCCCAAAAGGGUAAGAAUCCUCACCAACGUCAGCCUGCCUAGAUUUCUGUGGUGCCUGGUCAAGAGAGGGAAGUAAAAUUUCACGUUGUCCCUUCCUUUCUAAAUCCAGAUUGGCAGGAAGAAACAGUUAUUAAUCCUUCAUUUCCCAGGGACAUCUAUUGCCUUCUUGUUCAUCUUAAUUUGUGUCCUGAGAAGUUGGCUUGCCAUCUGUUAGGUGGGGCCCCCAAAAUUUGAUUGUGCAGAACUGUGGGUUGCAUUCCAUUUGUGGCUAGGGUCCUACUGACUUCUGUCAGCUCUCAAGGGAAUUUCCUGUUUUUCUUUCGUUUGGUUAUCUUUGGGAGUAACUCUGGGUCUUGGGAGGGUAGUUUCUUUUGCAUCCUCUUUGGGGAUAUCUCUUCAUCCAGGGGUUGUUCAAUACUGCCAGGAAAUUUUGCUAUUUGUUCUGAUUGAAACAUAACAAGAUAUUCAAAAGCAUUUUUUUUUUAAGUCUCCCUAUGGUCACAAGUUGGCCAAAUUGAAAUGAUAUUUGGAGCCUGGUAGGAACUUUUCUUUAGGCUAAGCUAGAAUAAACCUGUGUAUUCAGAAGAAAAGAAAAUGUCCUGAAGUCAUUGUGGAAGGAUUUACUUACACAUUUCAAAGGCACACAGAUCUAAAGCUAUAAGAGCCCCCAGUUUCACUGCUACGCCGAAGCCUGGAAACCACAGGGUGAAACUUCUGCUGAUGGAGGACCCCGAGAAGAAGCUGACCCAGAAGAGUGACGAGAAACCCCGGAAAGUCCGAUUUAAAAUCUCAUCCUCCUACAGCGGCCGUGUGUUGAAGCAAGUCUUUGAAGAUGGGCAGGAAUUAGAGUCGCCAAAGGAGGAAUACCCUCACAGUUUCCUCCAAGAGUCCCUUGAACCAAUGGAUGGUGUUUACGGAUCUGGGGAAGUCCCGAAGCCCCAGCCGUGCUCUCCCAAGCUGACUGCUCAGAGGAUCAGUGUGUUUCGAGAGGGUGGUGCCUACACUUUGGCGGGCAGCCAGCCUUUCUUCAAUGAUUACAAGGCAAAUGACCACAAGUCCCCACCUAUUAUAGAUUUUGGAAAGAUAAUCAUCUACACAAAUAACCUGAAAAUCAUUCGAACUCCAAUGGACAAGAGAGAUUUCAUGAGGAAAAUGCUCCAAAAGGAAGAGGAGGCCGAGGAAGAGACUCUGAUGAGCAAAGAAGAAAUCUAUGCACACCAGAACAAUGGUCCUUUGCCAGAGACAGAAGGCACCUUCCCCCAUAACCAGUACCCACAGGAAGGGGAGCAUCCCGAGGACAACUGUUUCCACUGCCGAGGGUCGGGCAGUGCCACCUGCUCUCUGUGCCACGGCAGCAAGUUCUCGAUGCUGGCCAACAGAUUUAAGGAGUCCUAUCGGGCCCUGCGUUGCCCUGCCUGCAAUGAGAAUGGCCUGCAGCCUUGCCAGAUCUGCAAUCAAUAGCCUGUGGGUUUCAUAGGUCCACUUUGAUGGCAUCCUCCCUGAAGUGAUUUCUGAUAAACUGCUCCUCCUCCAUCUCCUCCUCCCUCUCCCAGCAAGGAAGCCGUCGUGGCUGCAGCACUUCCACCACUGACACAACUCAGUUACUCGAUCACACUUUGUGAGGCUGGUAACUUCUCCACGUGGGUCUAAGUGACAGAGGCAUUUUUGAAUUAGAGUCUGUUUUGCAGCUGUUCUAAAAUGAUCCUUGUAGAACCGUGCACAUGUAU